CAAUAACAAUAAUAAAUAUAAUACAAAAUGUCACGUGAAAAUUCGCCACGCCACAGUAUACGACGUCGAGACCAAACGCAUAAUCAUCAACAACCACCCAUAAUGGAACAUGCGGAACGUGGAAAUGCAGCAAAUGCUGGUGGGGCUCAUUCCAGUUCCGCUUCAAAUAUAACCACAGCCAUUUCUGAAGAUGGCGAAAAUCCAAUUUUGCCACCAUUAAGCGGAUCGGGACCAAGUAGGCAACGUUCAUUGCGUGAUCGCUUAAAGGAUGGCAUAACAGGAAGUUUUUCAUGGCAGUAA